CAUAAAAAAAUGGGUAAAGUAAAAAAAAUUGAGGAAAGUAAAAAAAUAAAAGUCAAACGUCAAUUAUUUGUCAAACCUGUAGCUGUUGUUAAACCCUAUGUGCCCGAAAAUGCUUAUAAAGCGCCUCAAAAUUAUGUACCUCAAGUGGUUGAAACAAGACCACUUGAGGAAUCAGAUGAGGAAACAUACGAAGACCAAUUGGAAAUCUACGACGAUAUUCCAGAAAUAGACGAUGAACAAGUUCGCAUACUCGAUGGUAUUAUGAUUCGUAUUGAUCGUCAUUUAAACGACGGCAUAAUGAAUAGAAAUGAACGAUAUUUUUCACUUAAUGGAGAUUCAACAACUAGACGAGUGGUUUGUUUAGGAUGUUGUUUAUGUAAAGGCGAAGAAAGCGAACAUAAUCAUUGUUGCGCAACAACCGUGUGUUUUAGUUUAGGAUUAGUUGGAGGAUUAUAUUUGCAAAAAGAUGUAUUGGAAUGUUAUCAUAUUAUAAAAAAGGAAAGAGACAAUAUAUUAAAUGAAAAAAUUUAUUAAUGUAAAAUUUUGUUUUUAUUCUCAUAAUAAACUUUUAACAAAGUUUUCAAAACUGUUAUUGAUAUUUUCAAAGAGUUCUUUAUUUGUAAAAUUGUUCGUACGUUUUUGAAUUUCUUCGUCUAUAAUAACACCAAUACGAUAAAAUUCUGCCAACACUCUACAACUAUCGGAUCCGUAUCGGUCUUCUGCUAUGUUUAUUAGUAUUCUUGCUUCUUGAGGGUUGUAACUAACAAAUCUGAUUUGAUCAUUUUUAACAAGUUUCAUUUUUUUUUGUUAUGA